GCUGCGGUGCCCUCGGCCGAGCUGGGAAAGAUGGCGGAGCUGGAAGACGUUACGCUGGACGGGAAGCCGCUUCACUUGCUCCGGGUGGCGGACUUGAAGGCCGCUUUGGAGCAACGAGGGCUGACCAAAAGCGGUCAGAAGAACGCGCUCGUCAAACGACUCAAAGGGGCAUUGAUGUUGGAGAAUUUACAGAAACACUCCACUCCUCAUUCUGGGCUUCAGCCAAACUCACAGAUUGGAGAAGAGAUGAGUCAGAACAGCUUCAUCAAACAAUACCUGGCAAAACAGCAGGAACUUUUGCGACAGAGGCUGGAGAGAGAAGCUCGUGAGGCAGCUGAGGCAGAAGAAGCUUCCACAGAAUCAGAGGAUGAGGCAUCAUUUAUCGAUCCUGCUGCCUCCAGACCUCCUGAUUUACAUGCUAUUCCAGAAAUCCCAGGGAAAAGCAACCAGAGGCAGCAAUGGCAAGAUCCAGAUAUUAUGGCCCCACAUGAAGAGGAUAAUCCUCUAGAGGUGAAGUCAGAAGACUUUGACAUUGGAUCUUGUCAAUCCGAACAGGUGGAAGGCAGUAAAACCUCAGUCACAAAAAGGAGGUCAUUUGUCAGAGUCUCCCCCUCUCCUCCUCCUGAAACUAAACAAAGAAAUUUGUCUCAAAGGGAAGCCCGGCGUAGAUCAAGCUCAAGAUCACAGACCACAUCUGCUACUUCAUCUCAGCAAAGCCCAGUUGUACAUCAGCCAGUAGAACAUGGGGAUCAUUUACUUACUUCAGCUGAUAACCAAAUCUCAAAGCGGUCGACAGAUUCUGUUUGUGGUGAUGAAUCAGAUUUGCAUACACAGUGUGAAGUAACUAGAGAGAGACCUAGGAGGUCUCGUAGUUCAAAGGAGAGCUCCUUAUGUUCAGAUCUGGGUACUUCUCCAGUUUUAGAUAAACCAACUGAAGCAGGGCUUCCAGCAUUUGAGCAAGCAAGAGAAUCCCGGCCUAGGCGGUCUUCUUCCCGCCAAACCAAGGAUUCUUCUCUUCUUUUAGCAACAUCUGAUGCUGUUAUUGCAACUGAAGAUCCGUCUCCUACCCCGAGAGCUGUCGCUUCAUUAUCUGUGAGAGUCAUAAGUGAUAGGGAAUCCACAGGACACAGCAGUGGGAGUGCUGUUUUGGUAGCUCUUGAGAAAGUGACCAGUGGAUCAAAGGAAGGAAAACAAGUUGGUGAAUCUGAAGAAUCUUCUGUACAGAAGCAGCAAUUCAAAACAUCAAGAUCUCCAAAAAAGUCAAAAUCAUCAACAGGCGAAAAGAUUGACACAGAUUUGAAGUUAUGUGAAUUACAACAUAUAGUAAAAGAAACUCAAGAAGUCAUUGUUUUGGAACCUCAAGAGAAAUCCGCAUUUAUACCUAAAGAAAGAUCAAAGAGAUCCAAACAGUUGACAGAAGAAAAUACACCACCUGCUUUGGCAUUGCCAACCAUUGAUGCUGUUCCUGAAACAUUUCCUCUUCCUGAUACUCCAAAACAAAGCCCUCCAUUAUUAGAGAAAGAUGGUGAAGGAACAUGCUCUCCAAAGGAAGAUCAAUGUUUGUGUGUUCUUGAAGAUUUGGAUAAGGAAGGAGAAAAAAACAGAAGAGUGGAAGUAGAGGUAGUUCAAGAACAACCAGGACCACUAAUUAAAGAAACUGAACAGGAGGAAAAUGUGAACAGUUUAGAAAGGAGGAAAAUAGAGACCAAGACUAAAGCAGAGUUUUGUGAAAAGAUUACUCUAGCACCGAAGGAACCUAGCAUGGAAUCAAUAACAAUCCUUCCAUCCAAAGAAAUAGCUGAUAUAAUACUUGAUGAACCUAAGAUUAUAUCAGAAAACACCAUAAAGGCGCAGGAGGCAGAAGAAGGAUUAUUGACAUCUAAAGAACUAGAAGUGCAUUGUAAAGAAAAAGGAGAUUCUAGUGCAUUUGGAAAGGAAGAAAGUAGACAGGAGAUAGAUGAGCAAAAUGACGCAACUUCCCAGAAUGUUAAUGUAGAGCAGUGGCAGGCUAAAGUUGAGAUAUGCCCUCAUAUAUUGUCUGAUGAAGGAUAUAGUGAAACCCCAGAAAAAGUCAGGGGAAGUUUAGAUUCAUUAGAACAAUCACUACAUUUUUAUUUGUCAUCUGAAACAUCUGGUAGCACACCAGCCGAAGAUUUGCAAUUAGCUGAUAAAGCCAAGGAUAUCUAUGAAAUUGAUAACGAAUCUACAGAUAAUUUGACCAGAUCAGAAAAAGCUGCCGAAACAUCAAAGCUCAAAGAGGAAGUUAAACCACCUAAGUCCAGCGAGAAUACAAUUUCUAAAUGUCCAGAAAAUGUUUCUGAAGAGUACACCAAAGUAACAGAUAGUGCUGAAUCCCUUUCUCAACCCGAACAGCAGCCUUUAUUAAGGUGUGUUAUUGAGACUGGAUCUUUUGUACAUUCAGAAGUGUCAUUAGCAGAAAUUUCAGAGGGUUCACCAUUAACUGAGCAUCCUGAGGCAUGUGAGAAGGGAGAGGUGGAGUCUUUAGCGGCUGAUGAAGUAAAUGUUUCAUUUCAAAGGUCAGAUAUAGAAGAAAACCAUAAUUCAGGAUCAGCAGAAGAAACUGCUGAAGAUCUGCCUAUACUCCAGGAUAUCACAGGGGUGGAAGAUUAUACUACUAAUGAAAGUAGAGGAAUAUGUCCAGCUGAUGACCCCGAAGAUGAUUCAAAUAACAAACCUGACACUUUAACCCAUACCACUCCUGAGAAUGACAGCAUUGUGAUGUCAGACAGUAAUAUGGCUUUAACACAAAAAGAGCAACUGGAACACUCUACAGACAGUGACAUAACAAAUACAUCCAGUCUUUUGCAACUAGAGAGAGAGGUUGCAAUCCCAAGUGAAAAAACACUUAGUGAAAUUCCUCAUGCAUCGAGUCAAGAAAAGGCCCUACUACAUGAAGACUCUACUGAUGUUUUUUCUACUAAAUGUGACAAAAAAUCAGAAACAAAUACUAGAAUUUCCUCUGAGGCAAGUGAACAGUUGGAUACACAUACUACUUCAGCUUUAACUAUUUCACAGAAGAGUGAAACCGAUGUUCUGAAACCACACAGAAAGUACAGACGAUUUACAGAUACCCCCCCAUCUCCAAAAACAGAACCUCAGUAUCAGACAAAACCUGUACAUCUCUUCCCUUCUAGCAUAGAAGAGGUCAACAAAAGUCAUCACAGUCAGUCUUUGGUAGAAUGUGUGUCAUCAGAGUCUCAAACAAUUGCAGGAGACAGUUCUGUAAACCAAGAAGACAAAGAAAGUGUGAAGCAAGGUCAGCUACAAAAAGAUGUGUCAGAGUCCUCCGAGGCUGUACUAGUCAGUGAGGUGGAGAUGUCUGCUAGAAAUGAUGAUGCUCAUAAUCAAUUUGUUCAAGCACAGGAACAAACUGAAAAUAUCCAUCAGCCAGAGCAUGUAAGACAGUGUAUUGAUUCCAUAUUGAUAGAAGACAAGCAAGAACAUAGCUCAGUAGUAAAUUUGAAUGAAUCGAAAGCUUUAGUUGAUCUAUCAUCUGUUGUAAAAGACAGAAGUAAUGAAGAUACUCCCAUUUUGACAGAAAUAUGUGAAGAAUCCAGCCCUUGUAGUACUGAAGUAUUACAUGAAAUACCACCGCCAGGCAAUGUGCUAGAAACUGAACCAUCACAGAUAAUAAAGGAUGAGGAAGUACAUGACACUAACAUUUUUCCAGUGAAUAAGACACAUGAGAUAGGACUAGUUAUUUCAGAACAGGCAAAAGAUAGCCAUGGUGAGUCUUCUGAUGCGGCCACAUCAUUUCAUGCAGAAGUUAAUAUUAACAGUCAAUUGGUUAAACCUUCAGAAGAACAGAUACAGCCCAGUACUUUAAAAGUAGGGGAGGAGGCGAUAUGCAAAUCAGCAGCUACAGUGCUGCCUCCUUCUCCUCCAUCAGAAGAGGUGGAGAACAUCAUUCUGGAAAAAAGAGAAAGCCGUCGCAGAGAAUCUUCAUCUUCCUCUUCUUCUAACUCCUCUUCUUCCUCGUCCUCGUCUUCCUCCUCCUCCUCCUCAUCUUCUUCUUCCCGGUCAUCCUCAUCAUCCUCCCGUUCUAGGUCCAGAUCACCUCGUAGAAAAUCACGAUCUCCUUCUAGAGAAAGCAGGUCUGUGAGCCCCCUUCAAGAUUCUGUAUCAAGGGAUAGCGGGACAUUUUGUCAGCCUGAGGGCUCUUCAGACUCUGGACGUCCUGAAGACUCACCUGCUUCAGAAAACCGCAAGCGGAGAGUCCCGUGGGAAGAGGCAGGAGAAGCUGCAUCCAGCAAGAAAGUAUGUGUUAUAGUGGAAGAACAAAGCAAAAAAGACCAGCCAGAUGAGGAAGAGCUGAAGGAUAACCAAAAAGAUGAGAAAGCAGAGGGGGAAAUUCAGGACGGAUCAAGUGAGGUGAAACAAGACUCCUCUGAGAUGAUGGAGUCUGAUAAUCGGACGGAUGCCGAGGUCAGUGAAGCUCAAUCUGAGGGCAAUUCAGACCCAGGAGAGGACAGCAGCAGCUGCAGCAAAGCUGGAGAUGAACGAGGGAACGAGAGUCGUUCCGAGGAGGCAUCAGUACCCAAAACUUUCACCUCACGGAAGAUUUCUGUUGUAUCUGCCAGUAAGACGUUGCCAACUGCUACAUCAGCAACAAGUCCUGCACCUGGAGGAGGUGGUGAUGCAGAUAAUGCUCAGCCUGGGAGGAAGCGACGUUGGGGUUCCAGUACUGCUGUCACUGCUAAGAAACCAUCCAUUAGCAUUACCACAGAAUCUCUUAAGAGCCUAAUUCCUGAGAUCAAGCCAACAACAGCAGGGGGACAAGAAGCUGUGCUUGACCUGCAUGCUGAAGAGAGUAGGCUGUCUGGUGAGGAAAAUGAUAGAGGAGGGCGAGAGGAACCAGCAGGUCAUGAUAAGGGACUCAAAAUCCGCAGAACUGUAACACAGGUUGUACCUGCUGAAGGCCAAGAAAAUGGUCAGAAAGAAGCACACAAAGAGAAGGAGGAAGAGGAAGAAGUAAAAAUUGCAGAAGAGAAGAAGGAACCACAAGAUAUACCCAUCGAGCCCCACACUCCAGUAGUUAGUGAACCUGACCUUAAGAAAGUUUCCCCAAGCGAAACACUUGUUCGUCGUUCUAUCAGCCAACAGAAAACUGGCAUGUCAGUUACCAUUGAUGAUCCUGUCCGAACAGCUCAACAUGUGUCUCCUCCAAGGGGCAAAAUAACAAAAAUUGUUCAUAUUUCUAAUUUGGUACGACCUUUUACACUUGGUCAAUUGAAAGAAUUGUUGAGUAGGACUGGAACCUUGGUGGAAGAAAACUUCUGGAUAGACAAAAUCAAAUCUCAUUGCUAUGUUACAUACUCCACUACAGAUGAAGCAUUAGCUACGAGGAAUGCUUUACAUGGAGUAAAGUGGCCUCAGUCCAACCCAAAGUUCCUUUCUGUGGAGUUCUCUGAACAGGAUGAGUUGGACUUCCACAGAGGGUUGUUAUCUGACAGAACAGUUGAGGGUCCUCGGCUCCCAGAGGAAAUAGUCCGAGCAGCAGAGCCUCCUAUGUCAGAGCGCACUGUUCGAGACCAAUGGGCAGAAAGAGAGAGAGAAAUGGAACGUCGAGAAAGGACACGAGCGGAACGAGAGUGGGACAGAGAUAAGGUUAGAGACUACAACCGGCAACAUAACAGUGCCAGUGCUGAAGAUCCAAAUCGUAGAACACGAUCUCGAUCACGGGACCGUCGACGCAAAGAAAGAGCCAAGUCAAAAGACAAAAAGUCAGAGAAAAAAGAAAAAGUUCCAGAAGAACCACCAGCAAAAUUAUUAGAUGAUCUGUUCUGCAAGACCAAAGCUGCACCGUGUAUUUACUGGCUACCUCUCACUGAUGAACAGGUUGUGCAGAAAGUUGUAGAACGAGCGGAGAGGAUGAAAGAACGUGAGAAACGGCGCAAGGAGCUUGAAGAAGAACAGCGCAAGAAGGAAGAAGAGAGGAAGGAGAGACUGAAAGAAAGAGAGAAGGAAGCCGCAGAGCGUGAGCGUGAGAGGGAGCGCUUACGGGAACUGGAGAAAAGACGUGAGCACAGGCGUGGAGUUGGUGACAAUCGAGGUGGCGGGGGUGGAGGCGGUGGCAGUCGCCGAUCACGCAGCCGCAGUCGUAGUACCCCUCCACCCAGAGACAGACGACGCUAGUCCUGUUCCUUUAACUAGAAUGGAUGGAUUUGCUUUGACACAGGGAAGAGUUUCUGAAUGAAGAAUUAACCCGACUCCCGUCUAUUCUUACCGUUGCUCUCCUCUUUCUGAUCACCCAGCCUCAAGAAUUCUUGUGGAUUGCGUUAAAUGGUCACUGUGGGUGCUUUUAUGAAUUCUCCAGCAGUGAUGACAAAUUUUGAACCAUCUUCCCUUUUGAGGUUUUCCGGGUGGAAUUUUGAAGUGUACGCACCUGGGAGUUCGGCUUCUAAGUCUGUUGUGUCGGAAUCUGUUCAGGGAAGUUAAAGAAAAGCUGUCUGUUUUUUUUGUUUUUUUUUUCUUAACAUGGUUCACAUUUCUCCAUGUGUUUUAAUUUGGUAUGUAACUCAUAUGGCCGGUCACCAUGUAAUGGUGGUGUUUCCUAAUGGAUAGGACAUCAGAAGGUAGGAAUUUAUGUGUAUAAAGGUUUUAUUCUUUUUUUUUUUCCUCCUUUUUCCAGUUGCUCACCGUUGCCACCCUCUUGGGGUUUAAGGCCAUUUGCGUAGAGACUGGCCACUUCUUUCCUUCCACUCCACGUAGGAGGGGUGACAUUUUAACAGUGGCGAAGGACGACUUUUGAGCAUGUUUAGUCUGUGCUUUUUGCGUUGACCUUCAAGGCAAAGGCCAGAAUGUUAUGAUUUGAAAAGGACUGUUUUAUUUUUUUUAUUCUAUGAUGAAGAGUAUUUUCCCACAAGUGCUGAAUGUACAAACAAAUUUCAGAAAUACAAGCAAGAAUAUGGCAUUCCAGUUGAAGUGGUUUUUUUCCCCCCAGGGUGUGGGUGUCCUGCUGUGUGGCCCUCCUCAAUGGUGGUGUCACAAAGCAAAGAUUGAAUUCCAUCUGAAUCUCAAGUUGAUGAUUUGCACCCACCUGAAUGUUUGCCCGGGUGGGUUGUGACACGAGGGUCCCUCGCCUGAGCACCCCGCCUGAUUCCGUUUGAGUUCCCCUUUACUUUUUAAUUUAUCAGAAGCUGAGAGUUGUGUUGUAAACUGCUGGGGGUGGCAGAGCCCUGCUGGCACCACCUCUACUGAACGCAAAGACAUGCCAUGUCUAUAAUUUUUUUCUCAUGGAACAUUUUUGUAAAAAUUUUAUUUGCUGAGGAGUAAAAUAAAAAAAAAUAUA